UGCUUGAAAAUACGGAAGUUAGUUCUAUAGGCCUCUACACUUUGUCAGUUGUUACCAAUAUUUUUUUAUAAUAUUUUUUUACUAAGUCAUUUUUAUUCGUAUUUUACAUUUCCCGGCAAUAUACUUAAAAAAUUAAAAAUAUUUAACUGCAGUCACGAACGUUGCUGACAAUUUCGCGGAGGGAUUCAUACGCGGUCUCUGGCUCUGGUGUGGAGGGGGAUUUGAAUCGCCUUCUGCUCUUUUUUUAAAACCUUUUUAUAUUGUUAUAAACGUCUGUUAAGACACUUGUGGGCUUUUUAUAGCAUAAAAAGACCCGAGUGUUCUUUUAUAUAUAUUUUAACGAGAGACAGCCAAAUUAUCUAAAUCCAGAAGAUGGCUACAGCAGAGAUCAGCACUGCCUCCUGUGAGGGUGAUCAGGAGGGAGCUGCGUCGCCUCCCUCAGUAGAGGACACCCCCUCAGUUUUAAAUCAAACCUCAGCGCCCCUGAAUUUUUCUGAGCUCACCCCGAGUCAGUUUGGCAUCUCUGUGCAGAGUUUUACCCCAGCAGCAUCGUCAAACCGCAAAGAUAAGUCUCGUCUAGCACAGCUGAAAGCCAGGCGGAGGUCCAGUGUUGGCGUCCGGGGCUCCCCAGAGACAAAUUCUCUCAUCCGCUUCAUGGCACAACAGAAGAUGAAGACUCCGCCGGCAUCCCAAACUCCAGAGCUUGUCAGAAGUAGCCCCUUCCUUCCCCGGGUCGCCUCCACGCUGAGGCAGAAGAUGGCUUCCUUCCAGAGCCUGAUGGAUGUGGAGGAGAAUGAUGCCUGUGAUCCGGUGCCAGCGCAGGACAGCAACACUGGAGGAUGCAUCAAGACAAGAGAUUAUCUGUCUGAUGGGAACAGCCAUGGUGGAGGGAAGGAGAACAACCCUCCAAUGACGCCUACACCCAGCAAGAGGAGGCGCACCAGCAGCCCCCCCGAAGGCUGCAGUGUGGAGAUUAGAGAGGCCAGCACGCCUACCCUCUCCUCCACUUUGAUGGAGCAGGAGGUGGAUGAAGAACGGGUGAUGCAGGCUGUUACACAAGGACCGGUGCCCUCCAGUGACUCGGUGGAAGAGGAACAAGCUCUGCUUAAGGCUAACUUUGACCUCGAGACCUCACCCUCUGCUGAGAACCCUCAGGAUGAGGUCUUUGAACUCCAAAGCCUCAGCCGACCACCUCCUGAUGAUCCUGCAGCCGUUUCACCACCGCAGCGUUCCUCCCCCUUCCGCAUCCCCUCACUCCCUUUGUUGGUGGAGAUGAAGCCCACAGGAGAGGAAGAGUCUAACGGGACGCCCACAACGAUGACGAAGAAGAAGAAACGUGUGCGUUUCGGAGGUCCCCUCUCUCCUGAGUUUUUUGAUAAGAACCUGCCUCCGAGCACCCCGUUACAAAAGGGAGGCACGCCGGCCCGACCACAAACUCCCGGUGGGAGCUUACAUCUUCGUUCAGUGCUGAAGACGCCGCAGAGGAGUGAAUCCAAGACACCAGAAUGUCGGGCCGACUUCAGCAGCCCGACUGCAUUUGGUGCUUCUCCUACACUCACAAUGCCUCGCAAGUCCAGAAUGCACUCUGAGGGAGAUGAAGAGGAUGGAAAGAUUGUUUUCUUUUCGGUGGAGGAGAUUGGCUCUGCUGUGGCGAGUGAUACAGAAUGGGCGUGGGAUGCCCAGCCAUUGAAUUUAAACAAUGCCUUCUACGAGGAGUCUCUCUCUCAGCUUCUGACAGAGUCUGACACCAACCCCAGCACAACCUCCCAGAUGGAUGUCCAGUCUGAGCCCGACUCCCUGCCAGAGAAGGAGAAGCAACCAGACGCUGGAGUUGGAGGUCCAACUGCAGCCCGAUCCAGCAACAGAAGGAGAAAGCCAGCACCAAAACAAGAACUUGGAAGUGAACCUCGAGCUUGCUCCAGCAGCCGAAAGAGGAAGCUGCCAGAAGAGAGUGAACCUGUGAAGAGGUCGGCACGGUCUGCUGCCAAGUUGGCCUCUGGGAAGAUGAAGAUGACCUCCAGCACAACGCGUCGAUGGAACAAGGACGUAGACCGCUCGCUGUACGGCUCGCGUGAAUAUGCCUCCAAGAACCCCGCCCUGAGUCCCAUCACCGAGAGGCUGUCCUUCAUCAGUGAGUCUCCAACAGCACAGGAGACUCCUUCAAUGAGCUGCAAGGCUCCAGAUCAGGAAACCCAGCUGAAUCCUGAGCUAACUAAUGAAACUCAAGUGAUACACGACCUCGCUGUGACAAAUGGCUCAGAAACCACUGUAGAAGAUUCUGUCACAUCGCCCAGCUUGAGUGAAAAAAGUGCCGCCGGGCAGGACAGCAGGCUGUUGGGGGUGAGGGUCAGAGGAAGACGACUGAAGAAAAGGAAGGUCAGUGUCACUGACAGUGACCUGACCAGAGGAGAGACAGAGCAGCAGCUCUAUGAAGAGCAAACCACUACAAGCCUUGAGCUAUCAACGAGAACCCCUUCUGUACAUGAAGAGAGACAAGAAGACACUGUAGAGCUUUGUGCCCAGACCUCUGCAGAUACUCUCUGCACAGAGUCAGAAUUUCACGUGAGUGCACAUGCACCUACUUCAGACUGCCUGAACAACACAGAGCCAGCACAAGGGAAAGUCAAGCGGGGCAGGAGGAGCUCCGUAAGCAACUCAGUGACAGCGGAGCAGCAGAACUACGUAAAGAAGCACCAAACCAGCUGUGACGAGGAGGAGGAAAGACAGGGAGACCGAGCAGCAAGCUCACAGGAAAACAUCCAGUCAAGCUCUGAUGGCCAGGAAGAGGGGGAAAGACCUCAUGUGGACCUUGCUCCCUGGCAAGCUGACUUUAAUUUUGAGGAUGUGUUUAAACCAGUUUGCACUAGAGGGCAGCGCUCAGUGCGCCGCAGCCUGAGGAACCAGAGCAACGCUGAGAACAGCAGCAGUGCAGGGCUCGCCUGGCUGCCUCGUACCUCUCCCGAGUCCAGCAAAGAGACCCGCAGGAGGACCCGGGGCCGUCGGCUCAGUGCUGCUCUGCCCAGCCAGCCUUCACUCCCUGAGGAGACAGGAGAUACCUCCUGAGAUCAUUUACCUAACUUAAUGAACUGAGAUUAAGAGGGAAUAAAAAAUACAUUGAUUACACCUCCACACACCACUGAUUCCCCAAAAGAGGAGACUGAUUGUUUCACACUUAACUAAAACAUUGAUUUUUUUUUUUCUUUUGUUUCCUUCUCUGUGAAUUAUUAGAGAUGACCAGCAAUUUGUGACGGUUUCCCUCCAGUAACUAAGCCAGUCAAUAUGCUGAGAGCUCAAUCAUCUCUGCUGACCACCUAAUCAAUAUCGUGGCACUCAGCUGGUAAUCACAGUGCAUCUUCAGUCUGCCUCUCCAAAGUCACUGGAUCAGGCAUCUCCAAGUCAAUAUCUGCUCCUGUGGCUGGAUGAAGAUGGCUGUGUUGCAUUCACCAUCUGUCAGCCAAAGGCAGGCGGGCUUUACACAGAGAACUUACAUGAAUGUGCUCAAAUAAUUCUGCUUAGUUGUGAUUGGUGGUUGUUUUUUUUUUUGUUUUUUUAAUGAUCUAAGCAGUUGUGGUUAGUGAAAUUAAAACUGUACCUUCCAAGCAUCUGCGUCUAACUAAAUAUAUUGCCUCCAUGUAAAGAUGGCACAUUAGAACAAACUGUUCAUUUAAAAGGAUGCUUUAGAUCUAUUUAGAGCAAAUUUAUCCAGAUAAUAAAGCAGCCGCUUGUCUCCACAAACAUGACGUUCCAGCUGUGUGUGGUCACUCGAGUUCAAGUGCAGCAGCUUUCCCUUUAGCAUAAACCGUCCUGUUCUGUAUUUUAAACAUGGCCAAAUGCCUGAAAGUAAAUUGACCUCUAACCUCCACCCAAGUUCCAGUGGUUAUAGAUUUUCAAAAUCUGUUGCUCAGUACCGGCUCCAUCCAUCUGUCACAGAGGGCAGUAACAAAUUGAGUUUCAGAUUCAGUUCACAUAGGAAAAUUGGCUCGCAGAAUGAUGCAUGACUGUAAUCUAUCCAUCACUGAGUAAUUGACUGCCUCCUUUUACAUCAAGUCAGAGUCACUUGGCUGAAGGACGACAGAGGUUUUUGGCCCCCCUAGUGAUCUGCCAAGGCCUUUUUCUGCUCUCUAUUCCCACCGGAAGACAGAUGGACAAAAUCAUAAACCCACUAAUGUAAUGUUGUGUGGCUGCAGUGGGGCCACACUGCCAUCUGGUGGCACUCUUGCAGAAUUGCUGCUUAUUGAUGUGCUGUUUUUGGGGCUGGGAGGGUGCGUCAGGAAAUGAUGCUGCUGUCAAGAGUGGGAAUAAUAUAAAUGUGUGGAAGUUCAGCUUUAUUGAUGGCUGCUACUGCUUGGAGGGAAAAAAAACACAGACUAGGCUCGUGUGCGCGUUUUUUCUGCUCGACUGUGACACUGUGUGUUUGUCUGCUCUUGUCUUUUAAAACUUGUAUCAUCUUUGUAAAUGUGCAGUUUAUAGAGUUGAAGCCAAACUGCUGCACCUCUAUAAUAUGAGUGGGUGUUGGGCGUGUUGUCUCUGAGAGCGCGGGAGUGUGUAUGUGUGUACGUGAGGGGUGUGAAGCCCCUGUCCCUGGCAGACGGGCAUACUGAAGGCAGCUUAACACAAGAACAAUGGGGUCCUUUGACCAAAACGACACCCCUAAGACAUGUGGCCUCCUGUCACCGUGGCAACCCCCCAUGGGACAGAGAGCGGGGUGACAGCUGGAGAGGAGGACUUACAAAAAUGGAGUCCAUUUCUUUCCACUGAAGCUCUCCCGGCUCUAUAUCUUUCCCCUCUUCUCCAGGGCCUCCUCUACACUUUGGCCCUGGUGAAUGCAGGAUACAUCUCAUUUUACAGCUCCAUGCGAUUGACCUUACAGGCUUGACUUGCCACCUACAAAUCCUCCAGAGGGGAAAAUAAAUAAAUAAAGAAUCAGAGCCAACAAUAAAUCAGCUCUUUAUUGGCUCUCGUUACUGUCAGUAAUAAGAGCGCAUUGAGCGUCGCUGACAAAUAUGCGGCUGAGCCACAAGAUUUCACACUCGCUCUACUCUUGAUUUUACGCCUCAUUUUAAAACGGAUGAUCACUUUCUGUACGAGCACAAAGAGACAUAAUCAGUUAUUUGUACUUCCAGAUUUAGAGACCUUGGUCUUUCAAUUAGUUAAUUAGUAACUGAAUGGUAUUAAGUUGUCCCGCUGCCUCUGGCCUUUCUGCGCUCUGUGCUGCGAGCCUUCUAUUAUUGAUGUUCAGAGGCAUGAUCUCUAAGCCAUACACAGCUCUCCUAUGGAGCUGAAGGCAGCAGGAGGAGGGCGACAAAACAAAAGGCAGGACAACAGCAAGAGACCCUCCAGCUACUCCGUUUGGUUUGCUGUCCCAGUGUGUCUGCAUGCUGCGACUGGCUCAAACCUGUUUAAGAAAGCUGCCUCUACACACAGACGAGAGGGCGUAGUAUAGAUUCUUCAUGCCUAAUCUAGAAAUCCAAUACUGGGAGCAUAUUAGGACAUUGUAAUCGGUCAUUUAGUGCUGCUACUUUAAAACGGCCUUGGAUUAAAGUUGGGCUCAGAAAUUUUAACAGUGGAGCUUUAAAUUUAAUUUCCCUUUUAGUCUAAGACUAGGCUUAAUCCAUUUGUGGGAAAGUGUCUGCACAAUUACAGCUGUGACUAACAAUUGGGUAAUCUGUCUCAUCCCCCCCAAAAGUGUCCAUAAUCAUAAAGAGAGGGUUUACUUUUUCCAUAAUUCCUGUUUCCAUAAUGGUUGAUCCAACAUUAUGGACAGCUAUUUUUAAUGCAAAUAUAUAUUUGUAGUGUUGUUCAUAUUUACAGAAAAGCAGGGAAAGAAAUAUUAAAACAAUUUUUCCAUCAA